AUGCUUCGUGUCACAAUAGAAAGUCCAGGACUUUGGAUGGGCAAAGAUCGCGCAUUUGUUAGCCAACAAUGCCCCGUUUCUGCUUUGGGGAGGUUGCUGGUCUUCUAUGGCUCAGUUUUUUUUUUUUUCUUUUUUUGGGGAAAACAUUGUCGAACCCAUUCCGGCCAACCAUUUCCCCUGGAGGGGCCGGUUCAACAAAAAAGGCUGUGCCGUGCCGUGGCCCCCGGCCCCACCCGGAGGUGGUUUGUUCUUGUUUUCUCCUUGGGCCCCGCGCGGGCGGCGGAAAGCUACGCGGUGCGGGUGCCUGCCGUCUCCUGGCUUUUGGGUGGGGGGCCCCCGGCUCUCGGCAACCUUUCCCGCCCGGCCGGCGCUUGGGGCGAGGUUCCUACCCGGGCGCGUGGCGGGAAGAACGCCGGACCCAUCGCCCCUGUUGACGUCCCGCGCGGCCCGGCGUGUUUUUUUUUUUUUUUUUGGUUUUGUUGUUCUUGA